AUGGACCCCAUUGACAUAACCCAACAGCAACCCAAGAAGAAAUGGACAAGAAGACAAGCUAAGCUGGCAGGAUCAAGCUCUUCAAUGCCUCCCCCUGAACCUCUUGAGCCCAAACCCAGUGGCAAGAGAGAGCUUGGUGGUCAUGAAAUAUCAAUGGAGGGACACCCUUUUACCUGGGCAAACAACAGACCUGCAGAAGGCUUCAUAGAGGAAAAGCUGGAUAGAAUGAUAGCAUCUCUUAACUGGCAUUCCAAGCAUCCUACAGCCAAAGUCCUAAAUAUCUUCAGGAGUGCAUCUGACCAUAGCCUUCUCUUUCUUCAACCUGGCCUUCCUCACAAUCAUGUCAAACAUACCUUCUGCUUUGAUAAAAGAUGGCUGAAAAAGCCUGGUCUGAAAGAGGAAAUUCAAAAAGCAUGGGAUCAACCAGUGGCCGGGUCUGCUAUGUUCACCCUAACUGAGAAGAUCAAAGCUACCCGGGUAGCCCUACUCAAAUGGAACAGAACUUUCCACACUAACUCUGCUACUGCCAUCAAAAAGCUUUCUGAGGAAAUGGCUGAUCUAAGCAGGCCUCCGCGUGCCUUUGCGGCUGUUGCCUCUUUUCAUGUUUCAACCUGUUUCUGA